AUGGUCGAGGUUAACCACACUAUCAUCGGCCAGUUCCCGUACUUGAACAACACGGGCGUCGAACUUGUGGCUCCCAGCAGAUUAUGGGCUCCAGUGGUCAACUACCCGUACCAGAUUUUGCAUUCGUUCUACAGCGCUGUUGUGGUGCAGUACUCGUCGCAAUUGACCGCAUCUAUAGCGUCGGAAACACUACACAUGGGAGCCACGGCCUUUGUGCAAACUGCGGGCUAUUUCUUCAGCAAUUAUGCUGUUGGGUGUUUUGUCACGGCAUUGGUGCUGAAUAGGAUCAUCUCGAUGGUGUCUCUGCGGUCUCCGUCUACACAUGUGCUGCUGCCGCUUUGGUCGCGAGUUUUCUUCCACGGAUUGGCCAUCGCAGCCAUUUUCUACAAUGUAUGGAUCACAUUACGACCGGCUUCCAGCCAGGACGCGAAUUGGUACUUCGCUUUCACUUACGCGGUAAUAUGUUCUUCCCACUGCGUCGAGACUUUCAUCACCGUUACCUCCAACUCGAAGCCCAUGGAGGAGUUUGACUACAGCAUAUUCGAGCUCUCCAUGCAGUUUUACUCAUUGUCAAGAUCCCCAAGCAACCGUCGAGACUACGUUCCGGACUGCUUGAUGGCGCUGCUAGGCCGUCUGAUUAUCCAUUUGGUCGAGGUAACAUCAAAACGACAUUAUCGUUUACUGGGGUCUACGAUCAUUAAUGUGGGUCAUUUGAUCUACCUGAUUGCCACCAUUUUCUCCCAAGGAAGCGCCUCUAUCCCGCUAUUGGUCAAAUAUAGACACAUUCCAAAAAGUUUGGCGUUGGUGUGCAUACUUGUGUCACUUCUUUGUUACGGACUUGCAUUGUUGGUACGGUGGAGCCCCGUUGGCAGUAGCGAUCCCUCGGAUCUACAAGUCCAUUCAUUCAUGCAAAACUGGUACAGUACCUUGAACUGCAGUGGCGAGGAAGAGUUCACAAGCACACUAAUAAAUCUCGCCAUUCUCAUCUGUAACCCGGGUCAGACGGAAAAGUUUGGGAUUCAUAAUGAACUUUCUCAACUAUCGCAUCAACAGGAAAUCGACCAUUCUUUUUUGGUCAGUGGAUACUUGAGUAAGAGGCAACAUGCUAUUGCAGAUGCUGUUGCCACCUCACAUCCACAGCACCCCGUUUGGCAAAAAAAAUUGACAGCUGUGUGGCACCUCAAAGAAGCACUGAAAUUUAGGCUUCGCAGCCUGAUCGGUCGCGACACAAAUGCACUCAAACAUAUGGUCGACAGCGAGCAAGUUAGAAAAAAAAAUCUCAACGAUCUUGUUACCGGUGCUAACUACCAGCAUUUUUUCACCCGGGCUCCUAGUUUAGAGUCUACACAUACUCCAGCUGGGCGGGCUGACCUCAAAUAUGUAUUACCAGAGGACGACUGGUCUGCAGAUUAUGUUGACGAUAGCGAUGAUGAUGAUGAUGAUGAUGGCGACAUUUACGAUACAGACUGCGACGUUGAGUCUGACUCUGAAGCCCAAGAUAACUUCCACAAUGUUUCCAAUGCUGAAAUUACACCUAUUCACGAGCUAGCAGAACUGUUGGUCUUUUCUGAUGGGUACAAAGGCGCCACAGACUUACCGCGAGACCCGCAAUGGAUGCUCUCCAUGUGGGCAAUUUUGCAGUGUGAGGAGCAGCGCGGCAAACGCCUGACGCGCUCUCAAUACUCCCAAUUGAACGAAACCAGCGUAUUACAAGAAGUUAUGCUGAAAAGGUCAUUGGAGUCAGGCUCUUCAAGCUCAGAUUUGGGUCGCGAUCUUUCAUGCGUUGUGUGUAAAACAAACGUGCGUAACAUUGUGCUGUGGCCCUGUAAGUGCUUUGCCAUAUGUGAAGAGUGCCGGGUUUCCUUGGGGCUUCGAGGCUUUAAAACAUGUAUCUGCUGUCGGGUGGCGGUAAAAGGGUACAGCAAAAUCAAUGCUGUUUAA